ACGUCUAGUCGACUCACGAAUGCGUCCACGUCGACGUUUGCUGUUACUGAAGAGGAGCGGUCAUCCAAAUCGUCGUCGGUGUGUUCCGGAAAUAAUUCGAUCCCUUGCUGACAGCUGCCCGCCACAAGCAUGCGGCCUGCCGUGAUGCUCGUAGCUGCAUCUCUGUGCUGGUCGUCUGGUCACGGCCUGCGCAUCAACAACUCGACAGGUGCCUACGAAGACAUUGUGGUCGCCAUCCACCCGUCCGUGGAACCUGACGAACGAAUCAUCGAAAACAUCAAGGCCCUGUUCCGCUCCGCCUCGACGUUCCUCCACCGGGCCACACGAGGGCUGGUCCACUUCGGCAGCGUGACCAUCGCCGUGCCGGACACGUGGCCCACUCGGCCACACGCGAAGCGCACCACGGCCAGCCUGUUCUCGGUGUCUGACGUGAGGGUGGCCGCGGAGAACCCGCAGUACGGUGACACUCCGUACACGCUGCAACCACGAGGUUGCGGCGAGCGGGGGGAGUACGUCCACUUGACGCCACGCUUCCUGAGCGACAUGAACGACUCCAUUGCCGACGCUUACGGCAGUCCAGCCUACAUGCUGGUGCACGAGUGGGCUCAUUUCCGGUACGGAGUGUUUGACGAGUACGGAGACCCCGAGAGCUUCCGGUACCCGAGCCUCUACUGUGAAUUCGGCAUGGUUCGUGCCAGCACGUGCUCGUCUCGGGUCAAGUUCACGGCGUCCACGGAGACGGGUGAGCCUUGCCGCAUCUACAAGGGAUGCCGCGUCUCCACCAAGUGCAAGGCGCACUUCGAACAGAGCGCCGAGAACCCCGUGACGUCAUCCAUCAUGUUCAUGCCGUAUCUCAAGGGCGUGACAGAGUUCUGCGACAGCGCCAACAAGACCCACAACGUCUUCGCGCCCAGCAAGCACAACCACCUGUGCAACCGCAAGUCUACCUGGGAGGUUAUCAGCACCAACGAAGACUUCCAGGGGUUGCACCCGGAGAAUCCAGGCGAAGCUUUCGACGUGAAGUUCACGGAGGUGCAGAAGCGGGAAGGUGACCUGGGUAGAGUCAUUUUCGCUCUGGACGUUUCGAGCAGCAUGACGUCUAGCGACCGGAUCGGGCACUUGAAGGCAGCGGCGAGCCAGUUUAUCCGGGCACUCAUACUGGACGGCAUGGAAGUGGGAGUCGUUGAGUUUAACAAUAUUGCCACGGUGACGUCUCCGCUGACCUUGGUGCAAGAGUCCACGAGAGAGGAGCUCGUCGCGAAAGUGCAAAAGCUGGCGGCAGGUGGUUCCACUUGCAUCGGAUGCUCCCUGAGAAUGUCCCUCGAGAUGUUCAGGGAAAGUGGGCAGCCUACGGCCGGUUGCGUCAUCAUCCUCAUGACUGACGGAGUGGAGAAUGAGAAGCCGCACAUCGAUGAAGUCCUGGGCGAACUGAUCGCCGCUCAGGUUGUGGUGAACACAAUCGCCUUUGGGAAGGACGCCGAGGAGAAGCUAGAAGAACUCGCCCGGAGAACCGGAGGCAAGGCGUUUGCCGUUCGCGACGGUCAGUCCAACGUGGCGGUCGCCCUGGAGUCUGCGUUCCUGGACUCGGCCUUCGCCCUGCUAGACGACGCCAAGAGGCCCGUAGUGAUAUUCGAACAAGUGGCGAAGGUCACGGACAAGCGGCAGUUCUCAAUACUCCUCGAUGCGGACUUGGGAAACGAGACCACGGUCGCUGUGCAUUUCAAAGGGUCGACGGCAUUCUCUGUGGAGCUGCUCUAUCCUGACGGAAAGGCGUGUGAAGAUUGCCAGCAGUCCUUGUUCGCAGUGACAGGCGGUUACAAGACUCUCAAGGUGCCUGGCGUCGCUAAGCCGGGCACCUGGAUGCUGGCUGUGUCCUGCAAUCACAGCACGUGUGACGCGGACGUCCACGUUCGUGUCACGUCAUUGGCCAGGGAUCCAGCGGAGGAGCCCGUGCUGGCGCGCGCUUUCCUCAAGCGCACUGAGGUGUCCAGUGCGGCGGAGGCCGCCAUCUACGCCGAGGUCACCAAGGGCGCGUACGUUGUACUGCACGCCAUGGUCACGGCUACCGUAGUGCGACCAUCGAAAGGCGACCAGAUCGAAAUUGAGCUCUUCGACAACGGCCUUGGUGCCGAUGUCACGGCCAACGAUGGAAUCUACAGUGCGUACUUCACGCAGUUCGAGGGUACCGGCCGGUACUCAGUGUCGGCUCGCGUCAUUGGCGGCAGCGACUCCGUCAUCGUCAAAGGACGCAAGGCAUCGGGAGCGCUGCCUGCUUCACAGCCAACAGCGCCGGCUGGUGGUGAAUUGCCGCCAGCGGAUGGCAACAUCAGUGGAAUUCCACUCGACCGGUUCAAGUACGUGGACGAAGACAUAGAACAGGCCGAACCUCGCGUCCUGCAGAGCGAAAAGGCGCCCGAGUUCUCUCGCUGCGUCGAAGGAGGCUCGUUCCGGUUAGCCAGUGAGAUCGACGAGUCAACUAUACCGCCUGGCUCUAUCCAGGAUCUGAAAGUCGAAGACACCUUCGUAGAAGACAACGGUACGCACGUUGUCGUCCUGUCCUGGACCUGCCCCGGAGGUCGUAUGGAUUCUGGCAACGCGUCCAGAAUAGAGCUCAGAGGAAGCACAUCCAUGACGUCGCUCGUCGAUGACUUCGACUCGGCCCUGGAGGUCCGGGACGAGGCUGCAGAGGGUGGCAACAUUACCUCGGGAACUGUGGGCUCCAGACAGCGCCUGCGGUUCUCUGUUCCCGACGAGCUGCUGGCAGUCGCUCGCAACGACUCGCAGCAGCAGCAGCAGCGUGGUUUUUACUUCGCGGCGAGGGUGUGGAACGACGCGGGUCUCUAUUCGUCGGUGUCGAACGUCGCCGCGAUCACGUUCGAGCGACCUCCACCGCUAGAGGCACCGUCGCCGAUUCAGGGAACGCCCUGGUGGGUUGUCCUCAUCAGCGUCCUGGUUCCGGUCCUCUUCGUCGCAACGGUAGCAGCGGUGGCGAUCAAGAUCGUUGACCGGCGCAACAAGAGAACGUACAUCACUUCAUUGUGAUGUAGCGUGACACACCACCUCGGUUUUUUU